ACGCGGUCAUCGACCUUUACAAUAGCUCCUCUAAACCCGCCACCAGCCGCCGCCUCUGCCUCGACAUUACAUUCCUUCGCUUGUGCUGCCCAUGCCAUCUCGGGACAGCACUCAAUAACUGAAAGGCCCAGAUACUCCCUCGUUUUCGUCCGCCUACGACCGCCAGACCGGUAGCCCCUGUCCAAGAGGCCAGACAAAGGAGGGAGCAGGCCGGGCCGCGAACACGAACAGGGCAGCCCAGAGAGGCGGGGGAACGAGUGUCACCGAAAUGCCCAUGCACAUCCAGGCCCGACCAACACUCUCAUCAUGACGGAGCUGGCUGUAGGCCAGAUCAUCGAGCUGAGCGAUGGCCGACGGGGCGUUAUCCGCUUCAUCGGCAGGACCAGCUUCGCCCAAGGCGACUGGGUCGGCGUCGAGCUCGACGACGACACCGGCAAGAACGACGGCAGCGUCCAGGGGGAGCGCUACUUCGACUGCCCCCUCGGCCAUGGCAUGUUCGUCCGCCCGACGACAUGCACCGUCCUCGCCGAUGCGCCGCCGCCCGCACCAGCACCAAGGGCCGCCCCCGCGGCAAAGAAGCCGGCCCCGAGGCCGAGCACCGGCGGCCUCUUCACCGGUGGCGGCAUGAGUGCCCGCGGCACCGGAAGCGACCCUACAAUGGCAAAGAGGAUGAGCCUCAACGCCCCGAGCCCGACCCCGGGAGCUAGAACCUCGCGGGCGGCGAGCAUGGUCAGGUCACCCACAAAAUCUCCAACGAAGCAGAUGGUGUCUAGCAUGCCUGGCUCCCGCACCGCGACCCCUUCGGCGGCAGGGACAAACAGGACAUCGAUUGGUGCCAAACUCGCGCGCCCUUCCACAGGCGGGCCUGCUCCCAGAACGUCCAUGGGCCCCCCUCCUCCGCCAGGGCCACGACCUGCUCGACCGUCGUCCACAACGUCCAGGACAGUGCCACCUGCAGGCGGCCCGGCGCGACCCCCAAGCGCACGACCCUCUCUCGGGGGCCCGAGGCCCCCAGGCGCUCGGCCUCCCUCCCUACAGAGGCCCUCCACGCAGAUGAACGGGAGAUCGGCGUCAUCCAAGCGCGCUAGUGACGACUCGGUAACGUCGGCAAAGACCAGCGAGAUGGAGAUAUUGUCUCCUCAGCCCACCAGUCCUGUAAGAUCGAGGGCCCAGGCGCUGGAGAAGCUCACGUCCCCGGCGCCAGCACCUGCGGCCAGCAGCACUGGCCCGGCGGCUGGGCGAGUACGGGCCCCUACCGCUGCCGGAGCCGCCGCAGCCAACCGCGAGAUCGAGGACCUCAAGACCAAGUUAAAGGUCCUCGAGAGGCAAAGGCAGGAAGACAGGGACAAGAUCAAGGAGCUCGACCUGGUGCAGGGCGAACGCGACAAGUUCCAGGCCAUCAUCGCCAAGAUACAGGCAAAACUCCAACCACAGCAACAGGAGAACGCGGAGCUGAGGAAACAGCUGAAGGAGUACGAGAUGCGCGUCGAGUCGGUCGAGACGCUCCAGGCAGAGCACGACCAGGUGCUGGAGCUGGCGACGCUGGACCGAGAGAUGGCCGAGGAGACGGCCGAGGUGCUGAAACAGGAGCUCUCGGAUGUCAAGCAGAAGCUGGAGGAGCUCGAGCUCGAGGUGGACAUCCUCAGGGAAGAGAACACCGAGUACAACAAGGGCAUCACGCCCGAGGAAAGGUCGAGCGCGGGGUGGCUGCAGCUGGAGCGGAACAACGAACGGAUGAGGGAGGCGCUCAUCAGGCUGAGGGACAUGUCUCAACAGCAGGAGAAGGAGAUGCGGGACGAGAUCAAGGGCCUGGAGAACGACCUGCAGGAGGCUGCCGUCGCGGCAGAACAGCUCGCGGCGACCAAGGAGAAGCUGAGCCAGACCGAGUCCAUAGUCGAGGACCUGAGGCAGCAGCUAGAGACGGCCUUGGGCGCCGAGGAGAUGAUCGAGGACCUGACGGAUCGCAACAUGUCACAGGCAGAGCAGAUCGAAGAGCUCAAGGCCGAGGUGGAGGACCUCGAGAACCUCAAGGAGAUCGCGGACGAGCUCGAGGCCAACCACGUGCAGCAUGAGCGGGAGUUGCAGGAGGAGAUCGACUUCAAGAACGCCGUCAUCACGGAGCAGGCGCGGCGGUCUGCCCAGCAGGAGGACUCGCUGGACGAGAUGGAGUACACGCUGUCGCGCUUCCGCGAGCUCGUUACCAGCCUGCAGUCGGAUCUCGAGGACAUGCGGGCAUCGCACGCCGUGACCGAGACCGAGUCGGAGCAGCUCAACAGCAAGUCGCGCGCCAUGAUGGAUCUCAACAUGAAGCUGCAGAUCUCGGCCUCCAAGGCGCAGGUCAAGACCAUCGACCUGGAGCUGCGCCGGCUCGAGGCCCAGGAGGCGGAGCAGCACCUCGAGAUCAUCAAGAUGUUCCUGCCCGAGAGCUACCAGGCGGACCGCGACUCGGUCCUGGCGCUGCUGCGCUUCCGCCGCCUCGCCUUCAAGGCAAACCUGCUCAACGGCUUCAUCCGCGAGCGCGCCAAUGGCCAGCCCCAUGUGGGCCACGAGGACGACGUGUUUGCCGGCUGCGACGUCGUCGACAAGCUGACGUGGGUCUCGGCCAUGUGCGAGCGCUUCGUCAACGCCAUCGGCCAGUGCUCGCCCGAGCGCUUCUCGCGCUUCGAGGGUGCCCUGUACGAGCUCGAGCCUGUGGAGCGCGCCCUUAACGGCUGGAUCGACGGGCUUCGCCGCGACGAGCUCAAGGAGAGGCAGUGCGCCGACGAGCUCUCGCGCACCAUCUCGCUCAUGACGCACCUGGGCGAGGUGCACAUCGGGACCGGGGCCAGCAUCGGCGAGGCCGAGAACGGCGACGACAACGGCGGGGACGCCAAGGUCGACCUCAAGGCCUUUGCCGACAACGUGCACAUGCGGGCGCUCAUGGUGCAGAGCCACCUGGACUCGGCGGCCGCCACGUUCCACGCCACGCGGGCCAUGGUGCAGCGCGUCAUCCCGCCCGCGGGCGACGACGACGAGCUGGCGCAGCACUUUGCGCGCAAGGCCGAGGCCGCCAUCAGCCAAACCCGGAGCGCCAAGGUGGUGGCCGGCAAGGCGGUGCGGGCACUCGAGGAAUUGCGUUCACGAUCGCUCGCGCUGGCUCCCGAGGGUGGCGCCUCUGCCGACGCCUUCGACCAGGCCGAAGCCGCCGCCGCCGCCCUGGCUGCGCUCGCACGACGCAUCGGGCUGGAUCUGCACAUGCUGCUGCACGAGGAGGGACGCACGGAGCCAUACACAUACAUCGAGGUGCAGUCGGCCGCCCACCGGACGGCGCUCGCGGCCACAGGGUCGAGCGAGUCGGAUCUCUUCUCGGCCUAUGCGGCACAGCUGCGCGUCGUAUCGGGCCAGGUGGCGGACCUGGCGGCGCUGGCGCAGGACCUGGGACAGGCGCAGGAGUUUGAGAGGAGCCCGGCGCCGUGGGUUCUGCGGGCGCAGGAGCUGCGUGCCCAGCGCACGGCGCCGGCCGACGCCGAGGAGGAGAUGCGGCACCUGCGCGAGGAGUACAACGAGGCCAGGCGGCAGGUGGCGCUGCGCGAGGAAGGGUUCAGCACGGCGCAGGUCAAGAUCGAGACGCUCGAGGCGCGCAUGCGCGAUGCGAACCAAAAGGUGCAGCGCAUCGCCGAGCUCGAGGAGGCUGUCGCCCGCGAGCGCGCCUCGGCCACAUCGCUCAAGGACGACAUCGAGAAGCAGGACCGGGAGCUCAAGGGCCUCGAGGCGGACCGCGACAAGUGGAAGAAGGUGGCGGGCGACGCGCGCCUCGCCGCCGCCGCCGACCCCAACAACGCCAACGGGGCCUCGGACGCGGCGCUGGACUCGGCCGCCGCCGCCGGCCGCGAGAUGGCGGUGGCGACGGCGCGCGAGAUGGACGAGCUCCGCGCCGAGAUCGACGCGCUGCAGAGCUCGGUCCGGUUCCUGCGCGAGGACGGCCGGCGCGCGCGCACGGCCGAGCAGGCGUCGCACGACUGGCUCGCCGAGCCGCUGCAGCGUAAGACGCGGCCGUCGGAGCGCAGGCGCGCACUCGUUGCGGCAGAAGGCCGGGACGCGCUCGCCGAGCUGCUGCGCAUGGCCUCGUCGGCCAAGGUGUUUGAUCUGGCCAAGGCCCGCCAGGAGGCGGCCGCUGCUGCUGCUCCUGUUGACUCUGCCGACGGUGCUGCGGCCGGGAAGAAGCCGUCGACGUGGCGGCCGGCCCGGUCGACGCCGCAGUACCACGCGGCCAAGCAGGCCGAGGACUAUGCCGUCUGGCGCGGCUGGCAGGACUCGAUCCUGCACAAGUCGCAGCAAGUGCUGCUCGUCGGGGCCGGCGACGGCGACGGCGUGCCGGCCGAGUCGUUGUCGUCGCUGCCUGCGUCCAGGUCCGAGGCGGCCAGGGCGGCCCGCAAGGCGGCGGCGCGGCUCCAGAUCCGACUGCCGGGCGUCGGCGGCAAGACGGUCUCCGCCGGCCGCGGCCACGUCCAGAUCGUCGGGUCUAGGGAGUGGGAGGGUCUGCAGGGUCGGCUGGCGGCUGUUUGAUGGACCUGAAAGGAAAGGGAUGUGACAUGACUGGGAAGGACGGAGACUAGGCGGGUACCGUGAGGGUUGAUGGAUGGAAAAGAUUCCUCGUCAAAUGGACAGGUAUACCCCCUUUUUGUUGUCAAAUCUACUGUCUUUUUUCCCCUUGAUAGAAAGGAGGGUUCAUCGUGUAGAUGGUCUGUGCGCCCCAAACAGACGUGGCAGACCUGUGCCAAGGGUUCCUUGUUCUAGCGCAGAGAAGGCAUCGCUGUCCAACGUGACGCGGCCGGCAGUUUGGGUGUUGGCCCUUUACUACAUAAUCCAUCUUUCUCUGGGAUA